AUGUAUUGGGUUUCAAGCAUCCUGAUAGCCCUUGUGGCAACAGCCUCUGUCUCCGACGCUAUCAACACCAGCGACAAGGAUAUGGAAUGCAUCGACGGCCUCUACAUCGUCGUCGCCAGAGCCACAAACGAGCUUCCCGGCCCAGGCGAAAGCGGACGCAUCGCCAACCGUGUGGCCGACCGCAUUCUUGGAUCCAAAGUUGUUGGCCUCGAUUAUCCAGCCCAGUUCAUAGAACCCUUGUACCCUGAUUCGCAGAGAAAAGGCCAGGAGGCUCUCAAGGCAGUCCUGGAGGACUACGUCGGCAUGUGUCCCAAUGGAAAAUUUGCAGUAAUCGGUUACUCUCAGGGUGCUCAGGUUACUGAGGACAUCAUCUGCGGAACCAGUGGAGGUUUUUUCAGCAUGGUCGAGCCCAUCGAUUUGAAAAUAGCCCAAAGCAACUUGAUAGCAGGUAUCCUCUUUGGCGAUCCGACACACGUCAGAGGCUCCAACUUCAGCGUCGGCACUGCCCAAUACAGCGGCAUCUGGAGCCGCAAAUCGAGCAGUGUCGAUCGCUGCGAGUCCCUUUCUGAUCGCAUCCGUUCCUAUUGUGACAAGGGCGAUGCGUUCUGCGACAAGGGGUCUACUGUUGACGAGGAGGUACAUCGUAUCUAUAUUAAGCUCUACGGCGAUGAAGUCGUUGACUACAUUGCCCAGCGCUGGAAAAAUGUCACGGGAAGCAGCCCAAGGCAGGAGAGUGCUGAGAGUAUCAAGAGGUGGGGAGGGCCAAACAGCUCGGCCUACAAAGGGAGUACCCAAAUUCCUGACGACAAGACCGGAGGGGGUGAUUCGGAGAACAAUUCGAAUGACAGCAGCACCAAUAGUGGCAAGGGCGAGAAUCCAGAUGUUGAAGAGGGGGCUGCUGCCAGUCUCCGACCCAUUGCCGGCUUGACCCAUGUCGGGCUACCACUGUUCCUUCUUUAUCUGUACCACAUACUUCAUUAA